AUGUCGUCUUCCAAGGGCUUUCAGAAUGACGACGAUGCCCAGUUGGCCGCCAUGGGCCACAAGGCCGAGUUGAACCGCAACUUUUCCAUGCUUUCCAUGUUAGGACUGGCCUUUGCUAUUCUCAAUACUCGUCCUAAAUCAAUCCCCAAGGUCUCGUUACAGCUGGUAUCUGUAACCUAUCUACCGCCGUCUCGCUGGCCGAGUUCUUGUCCGCCUAUCCCACGUGAGUUCCUACCUAUAGUCACUGGCGGUCAGAUCGGAUCUGACUGUGGUAUAGUGCUGGAGGACAAUAUCACUGGGUUGCAGUCAGUGAGUAAUCUCUCCCUCGUCAGCAUCGUUCGCUCGUCUAAUAUUCUCCAAGUCUCCUGGGAAAAAUGGGUCCCAAGUCUCUCCUGGAUCACUGGCUGGGCCAAUGUCUCGGGAUGGACGUACGAAGCGCAGCGCUGGCAUCAAUUUCUGCUUUACGUUGCCUACAAUAUCAUUGGCUUCCUUGUCAACUCGCUCAUGAACAAAGGCUUGCCACUGGUUACGAAGGGUGCCUUCAUCUGGUCGAUCACUGGUUUUGCGGUCAUCUCCAUCACCAUCCUUGCGUGCUCAUCUCCAAACUAUAGCUCUGGAGAGUUUGUCUUUGGAGAUUUUAUCAACACUACCGGCUGGCCGGAUGGACUUGCUUGGCUUCUCGGUUUGCUCCAAGGAGGUCUUGGUCUCACGGGAUUUGAUGGCGUUGCACACAUGAUUGAAGAAAUUCCAGACGCCUCCGUGGUCGGCCCGCGGAUCAUGAUCUACUGCGUUUCCAUCGGCUGUUUCACUGGAUUGGUCUUUUUGAUCGUCCUGCUGUUCGUCGCGGGAGAUAUCACCCAGGUGAUCAAUUCCACCGCCGGAUGUCUCCUCCAGAUCUUUAAAAACGCAACCGCCAACAAUGCGGGUGCGAUCUGUCUGCUCAUGUUUCCCCUGGUGUGCAUCUUGUUCGCGACAAUCACGAUCAUGGCCACCAGCAGCCGUAUGAUCUACGCCUUUGCGAGAGACGGAGGUCUUCCCGCAUCGCCAUUUUUCAGCAAGGUCCACGACAAGCUCAAAGUGCCUUUGAAUGCCCUGUACCUGACCAAUGCGCUGGUCAUCAUCUUCGGCCUGAUCUUCCUCGGUUCCUCUAGUGCAUUCAACGCCAUCGUCUCUUCAUCCGUGGUGAUGCUCGACAUCUCCUACGGCAUUCCCAUCGCUAUUAACUGCUUGCGCGGACGGAAAAUGCUGCCCGAGCGCCCGUUUGUGCUCCCCAAUGCCGUCGGCUGGACGGUGAACCUGAUUGCCCUGGCCUAUAUCUCCCUCACCACCGUCUUGUUCCUCUUUCCUCCUGAGAUCCCUGUGACAGGUAGCAACAUGAACUACUGUGUCGCCGCGUUCGGUAUUAUCCUGAUCAUCUCGACUUUCCAGUGGAUUGUGGAUGGUCGCAAGAACUUCACUGGCCCGCGGGUAGAUGUUGCGGUACUGUCGGGCGAGGUCGCUGUGGGCAGUAGCGAGCCUGUUGAGGGAACAAGUCCCUCGAAAGAUGCGAUGCAGCGUGAUUAA